GCGCGAAACGUGUCACGUCGCCUCCGCUGUGGUUUCAUCUACCAGCUACAACACGUCACGCUCGCCCGCCGUUUUCGCCAGCAACAAUAAUAUUGUUAUCGUCGGUUCGCGUUUGUCCGUUUCGAUUGCAGUUUUACAAUAACCCGCGAUAAUAAUAAAUCAUAAUAUUGUUAUCGUCGUACCGGCCGGGCAUAGCCGUACAGCCGUUCAACGUCCCGGGGAAACGCCAAAGGAGGUACAGUAUUGUUAUUUUGUCGAUUAGGUCAGGACCCACCUGCCUAUUAAUUACAUGAUCAUAACGUAGUAUUGAAUUAUUGUUAUUGCAAUAAAGUGUAUACGCGGGCGUUGCGACCACAGUUAUUCGCGUUAUUCACCGCCGGCACCGCGUUCAUAAACGGAACAUUAAUCGAACAUAAUGAUAUUACACGCGCGUUUCGAUAGUAUUCGUUCUGGAACAGGCGCGUAAACGUCGCGAAACUGUCGCCGUUCCGUUAGCGGGCACUCGACGAUCGCCGCGCAUUUUCACCGGUUCGCGCGGUAAGCGGCGGGCGGCCGCUACAACAGGUGAACCGGGCGGCGGCGGCGGCGGCAUCAGCACGUGUAGCGGCGAGCGCCGUCCGUUCGUUAUCUCUAAACCGCGGCCGCGGUGCAGUUGUCGAACAAUUUUGUUAUUAUUGUUAUUAUUAUUAUUAUUAUUAUUAUUGUCCAGCUCGAACGGCACGCACGACGACACCGCUGGACGGUGACGUCACCGAAGCGGCGGUUGUCCUAGACAACGCCGAGAGCGGACCGGUCCCCCCCGAAACUGGUUUUUAUUUGACUUUAUUUCGUUUUUUGUUUUUUGUUUUUUUUUUUUUAUUUUUGUUUUGCGCCACCGUCCGAGGCGAUUGGGGACCCGAACCAGACUAUUACUAUUAUUAUUGAUGUUGUUUUAAUUUCUCGCGCGUAUGAACAUUAACAGCGAGGCGGUUGUUUCUGUUUUUUCCGCGCGGGUCGCCGUACGAAGGCCGUUCGGCUGUUACAUCACGCCGCGUAUACUUACGCGUAUUUUAUACCCGUUUUCGAUUCGAUUCGACGGUAAUAUUGGCGCGCGCCACCUCAUCUGUGCCGCCCGUCACGUAUUAUUAAAUAUUAUUGUUUUUUUUUUUUUUUUUUUGUCGGUCUUCGAACGCACUUAGCCAAACGACACGCCAUUAUCACCGCGAGCGCGCGACAUGAAUUAUACGACUGUACAGCGCCGCCGCCGCCGUCACCGUUGUCCUUAUUAUAUUAUCGCGCGUGCCCCCUCUCCCCCGCCCACCAGCCCGCGACUCGACGAUAUUGCGGCGCGCGAGUGGACGAGGUCGAGGACAGGCGGCGGCGGCGGCCACGCGUCCUGUCCGUCCGCGCCCUUCGCCUCCCCCGCCAUCCGUUCGCGGCUGCGACGAUGACGACGGUUUUCCGUGGAAAUUAGGCCGCGCGAGUUUUCCGGCGGAAACGCUCGCCCCGCCGCGGUCCCCGCGCAAUUUAGGCGCUAUCGGCGAGGGUCCACGGUGUCGGAACGACAACGUUUCGUCUCGCCGAAAUGCCGGGGUUCACGCGUCAAUAAUCGUAAUAAUAAUAGGUCUAUGGGCGAAGCGCGUUUGGACGACCUGGAUUUAAUGAACCCGUUCGGACCAAUGCUUUUAAAUUUCUAUAAACGUUCAGUUACACUACGGAAACUAAUUUUUAAAUUAAGCAAUGAGUAAAUUAUUUAGGUUCACGUACAAUUUCUGUGUAUCAAUUUAAUUCUGAAACAUACCGAAAACCCCCGGGUAUAUUAAAUAUAUACCUACACCCAUUAUCUUUGUACAAUAGAUGUCUGUGUGUCAUGAUCUUGUACGAUAAGGCAACACAGAUAAAAUACUACUAUAUAAACGCUCGCUAAAUAAACGUUCAGUUAAACUAACACGGGGAAAAUUCUGGUCCAAACGGGCUGUAUAAAAGUAGUAUUUUCUAGCCCACACGGGUCUUGCCCAGGCCUAUGCUCGAAUUCGACUUUCCCGCGUUUAAAACAACAAUCGUUUAUGAUUGCUGUUUUAAACUAAUUUUGAAAAUAAAAAAAAAAAAAACACAAAUCAAACAAAUAUUGUAAUCGUAAAGCGUGUACGCGGUUAACUUUCGACGAUAAUUUCGGAUCCGAAAACAAACCGUCGUUUAGACCGUUCGUCCCGAACGUGACGUGUUUUCCUAUAUGAAUUUCAAUUAAACCCGGCAAACCAUCGGCCGGUAAUGUAUAGGUGACGGACUGGCGUCGUCGUCGUCGUCAUUUACGUUUCAGCGCGAAUGAUCGAUCACUUUGGCGGUUUAACGUUUACACCGUUUUUACUUUUCAUUCGGAUUGGACGAUUCGUCCGGAAUUAUUAUUAUCAUCAAAAGCGAACCUGUUUUCGGACAGGCUAUAUAAUUAGCGUCAACCGUUUGUUGGGAAAUUCGAUCUCGAGUGUGGGACUCGACGGGGAGUUCAAAUCUAUUUUCAGUAUUCUUAUCGAUCCGCUGUAUCGGAAAUGAAAACGCGUUCCAAUUCUUAUGAUAAUUACGGUGUGCGUGUGUUGGACGACUGCGCGAAUCGUCGCCUAUUUCAAUACGAUACGUUUAGGGGAUCGGUGACGAUCCUUUUCAAAAUAUGUUCUCAAAUUCUGUAUCAUUCGACAAUAUUGUUUUGUAUGUUUUAAUGAUUAGGCUUUUCCACCGAUCUAUAAAUCCCAUUUAUUGCGGAAGCGGUGUGGCCGAGAACGGUUUUUUUUUUUUUUUUGUAUAAAACAACUUCUUUAAAUAUAUUUAAAUUUUUUACGGAGUUUACUUGAAAUGAAUUUUCUUAGUUGGAGUGUUUAAAGUCCGAUUUCACAAAAGUGGUAAAGUCGUUUUCAAGCAGACGUCGUGACGGGUUCAAACAUAUUUUCAGAUGUUUUAUCUGAUUACUAGGACAGUAGUCAGUACAUUUGACACAAUAUAACAGGUGUCUAUUCCGAUUUUAAACACAGCCGGCGAUCGAAUCUUCUUAAUACGCAUUAAACUCUUCUCGCGCGUUCGUAUUGCAACGUUCUGACACUGAAUACCGUAUUUUCUACCACGAUUUUGGUAAAACUAGUUAAAUUAUGUAAGAUUAUAUCGGUUUGCGUUCAGUAAGAUAAUUAUUAAGAAGGUCGGUAUAAGAGUCCGGUCCGCAUAACACAAAUCGUACGUAAGUCUCGCCUUCAAGUCUAGGUGCCUGCGAACGGCUGUUUAAUAAGGUCCGUACUUCAGAAUAUUGGAAUAUAAUUUUACGAAAUUUCAAAAACGAAUCAUCGAUUUUAACAUAUUUUUAAUUAAAAAAAAAAAAAAAAAAAAAGUCGAAAAUCGAUUUCCACAAUAACACAGAAACGGUGUCGAUGUACCCGAAACUUUUUUUCCAGAAUGAAAAAUUUAAACAAUCCGAGUACGUGCAUUUUUCCUGGGCUUAUCGGUCCGAACGCAUGGAAAAUACGUCAGGCCCUUUAAAGGCACAAAAUCGGCGCCGUUGAACGUGCGUACAUUUUCCAUGCGGCGCGUUUGUAACACGGAGACCGGGGUGUACCGCAUCCUCUUAAUACGCAGUAAAAACCGGGUUUACGCCUUAUAUCCGGUUUCGCUUAAAGCGCAUUAAGCUAAUACAGUCGCAUUAACUGCGAAUGCCGCGUAUCAGCUUUGGUACACGUGAUUGUCGCCGCCGGGGCAGACCUUGUCCGCCUUUUCCAGAGUUGCUACUGUUGCUGCACAGCACUCCGUCCGAACGCCAUGUCGAUAAUAAUAAUAUUAUCGCCGGCCCCACGGUAAAAAUAAAAUUAGGCCAAGUCAUUAUUUUUUUUUUUCGUUUUUAUUUUUACCACCGCGCGGUAUAACUGGUUUACUGCACGCGAGUAUAUAAGUAUAAUAAUUACAAAGUACAUAUUUUACGCCGACCGUUUUAUAGCCGUCGGAUCGUUUCGAUUAUUGACGAUUUGUUAGUUUUCGCGAUAUUGACACGACUAUAAACGUAUUGUACUAUUAUUGCACACUAAACCGGGCACGCGUACACGGUAAGCAGACAUCAGGGGGAAGGGGAGUUGUUAAUAAGUAAAAAAAAAUUUAAUAACAUUUCGUAUACAGAGAAAUAUGAAUUCGUUCGUUAGAAGUACCAUUUUUUUUUUUUCAAAUUUCGAUGGUUCGAAUUCCCGAUUGUCCUUUGUAUAAUAGUUCCUUCACUUGAGAUAACGCGGAUACCCCCGUAUUUAUUUUCUCGGUCCAAUUCAAAUGGGCAGCAUAGCUUAAAUCACGCGGUUUAGAAAAUUAAAAUCAACUAACACUAACACCCAUUAUUGCUAUACGAUUAUUUGAAAAAAUAAAACGAAAUGUCCGCAACACGUCCGCUACUAUUUCGGUUGAGAAUAUUUUUUUUUUUUUUUAAAAGCAACGCGGUGCUCUCGAAAAUAUUCGCUUCUUUAAAUUUCCCGUGUCCGAAAUAAUUUGAACCGAAACGUCAUCAUUUCAAUGUUUCAAAUCACGCGGUUUUGUUAUGUUGUACCGAAACAGUACAGAAAUAUGUAUACAGGUAUCACAUCCCGUCUUGCCACUGCGAUUUUUCACAUUGAUGAUAUUUUACCGGGGGAGUAAAAUGUCAUCUAGGGAAAUUUGGCCUGUAAGAUAUGAGGGAGGGGGGAUUCCGCAGUCACUAGUAAAAUUAAACUCCCGCCGGUCAAAUUUCUCCUGUGAAAAUUGACCGGCAGCGAGAUUCAAUUUUCGCUGUCACGCCGGUGGGUACUGCUGCCAAUAUUAAACUGCGAAUUUAAUUAAUAUUUAUAGUAGGUAUACGUACCUAUAAGUACACAGUAAUGUUCGAUAAAACGCAGCACAAACUUCUUUUGACGUUUAUCAAACGUUCGCCGUAAGAUUUAGCAGUCAUUUCUGUUUUUAGUAUUAUAUUUAUUUAUUUAAAAAAAAAAAAAAAAACGAGUUGGAAAAACCUACUUUACUAGCAAACCAAGUUUGAGCCGUAUAUUUUAAAAGAUAAACUAGGUAUUACAAUUUCGUAAAAUUUUGAACGAAUUUGCCAACCUAGUGUAUUAAUAUGCGCAAUGCGCAUACUAAGAGCCGUUCUCUCCAACAUAGACGCUUUCGUUUAUCCGAUUUUUAAACGGAAUUUGUGGCCGACGUCUGAUCACGAUCGUUCGGUUUUCGUACGAAAUCCGUUUAAAAAUCAUCGUUUAUGUUGGCGAGAACGGGGCCCCCUAUACAUAUAUUAUAAUACUUGUGCGUAAUAGAAACCUCAACAAAUUCAAAAUCUUUCAGCCGACCGGAUAUUUUUGAAUAACUCUUUAAGCGCCAAUUAUAUAAUUAUUUUAAAUUGUUAAAAUAUUCUCCAGUAUAAAUAUCUAUAAACGCAUAUAUAUAUUGUUAUUCAAUACUCAUAUAGUUAAAUAAAAAACGGUAGUAUUAAUGACGAGCCGAUUCCGAACAGCCGAGGUGGAGGUGGAGGAGAAAAGGAAAAAUACGAAUUUAUAUUUUAAAUUUAAAAUAAUGUUACGAACGAUAUUAAAUCUCCUUUUUAAUCAAAUCAACAACCACGACAGCGUACUGGUAACUUCACGCGGACGGGGAUAUAAUGUGUCUAAACUUAUGUUUAAUAAUAUAAAACGGGGAUAUAACUUACUAUUUAAGGUGUUUAGAAACCUAAAACAAUUGAAAAUAUAUCCUACUUAUAGUAAGUAUAUUAUAGUGUCUAUUUGAUUGUGUCGGUGUACCUCUGUAUAGACUAUAUAAAUAAUGAUUAAACUGUAACUACGUUAUAGUUUUUGGUCAACGCGGCGAUAAGAUAAAAACAAAAAACAAAAAAACUUAUUACUUACCGCGUAACAAUAAUGGAAUUAAAAAAGAAAAGAAAGAUAAUGGGGAUGGGUGCAGCCACUGAUGUAGAUGGGACGUUUUGAAGGUAGAAUAAAGACGGGAAAUUAAUGUAUACCUGUAAGCAACGAUAAAUCAUUGCUUACGAAAAAACGAUUCUUAGCGGAGUUCAGUUGAUAGUGAUACUUUUUCAACAAUAUAUUUGGCAUUUUAUAGUAAAAAACAUAAUUAAAUAGGCUUUAUAUAUUUUCUUUAAUACAAUUUGUUUAAUGUUCUACAGAUUUUCCCAAUUUUCCUAAGUUUAUCCCGUUUUUCCCAUGUUUUAUCCCGGUUUUUCACAUUUUAUGAGAAUACUCUUGAGAAAAUCGAAAAAUUACUUUCAUAAAGUACCUUCACAUUCCAAUUUCCUUUCAGAAAAAGUACAACACGUAGAAAUCUGUGCAAGUCUUCUAGUAGAAAAGUUGCGCACAGAUAAAAAAAAAAAUAAACAUCUUUAUAAAACCAUAAGCUUCUUCGCUCCACUCAGAAUCUAAAAUCUUAUACAAUAAAACCUAUAUAUAUUUACCUAUUCGUCCUACACAACCCCUCCCCUGAUCUGUUAUUAUUUCAAAGAGAAAAAAUAAAUCCCCGCUUACAGUUACAGCCGCGGAACAUUAUUAUAUAAUACCCCGUCCUUCGCGCAAGCAUUUCAUUUGACGCGGGUUUUUUUUAUUCUUCCCGGAGUUAUACAUAUUUAAAUAUAAAUUACAUAUUUAUACCGGCUGAAAUAUUUUCCGAAUUUUUUGUAAUUAAAUUAUAUGUGAUAAUCAACUCGUUAAUUGCACCGUGAUAAUAUCGUUGAUGUGUCGAUUCCGUGGACGUGGCCCGUUCGGCUCCCGUUUUACAAAAAGGUGAAUUCCCAAACGGCUCCCGUUUUACAAAAGGGUAAAUUUCCAAACGGUUCCGGUUUUUACAACAAAAAUUCUUUUCCACUUCAAACAGACUUAGGACUGUCUCAAAAAGAGGUGCGAUUAAAAAUGUGUUGGUGUUUUUUGAAGGUUAUAUUCUAAGUAAAUUAUAAAAAGUCAUUUAUUUGAUACUGUGAAUUAAAUUUUAUUAAAAUGAUAUUCAAUAUUAGUGUUAAAAAAUAGAAAAAAAAAUGCAUGCAUCUAUAAAAAUAUAUAAACAUCAUACUAGGAGUGAAUAUUUUUUAAGACACAAUUUUCGAUAAGCUAGAUAGAAUUCGUUUAACAACAAUCCAUAUAGGGCAUAUAAUGUUUGAAAACGUAAAGUCCAAACUUUAAUAAUUUGAAUAGAUUCAAUAGAACUUGUUAUCGUAAAAAGUAAGAUAUGAUACGAAUAUUUUCUGCGUAACAUAUGUACGUUUUGAGUACAGAAAUACGAGAAAUUGUUACGAGAAAUAUACACGUACCUAGUACCGAUACCGGAGCCGUUUGGGAAUUUACCUACUCGUGCAAUCCUUUUCGACGGGCGACAUUUGGGAAAAAACAAACAUUGUAUGGAAGCCGUUUGGGAACCGACCGAUUCCGUAUCAGGUACAUAUUUAAGACAACAACGACAGGCCAUCAGCAAGUCCAUUCAGAGGUAUUUUGGGGCCCGGGGCAGAAUCAUGCAAGGGGCGUCUUUUUUAUUUAAAUUUUAUUUUAGGAUAUUAAAUCUAGAUACAUACUUUUCACAAAAAUGUGCUGACAGCACUUAUAGUCUAUAGACUACUUUUUAGACUUACCUGAGGUGGCUUUUUAUAAAUAAUAAGUUGUACAUAGUAUAUUGCAUGAAACUUUUGUUUUACGUAUAGAUGUAUUUAGUAUACAAAAUUAUUAUAAUUAUAAAUAUUUUUUUUAAAAAGUACAAUUUAUUAAUAAAUACAUAAUAUUUGUAGUUCAUAAUACUCCGUUCAUUAAUAUUAUUACAGUAUAUAAAUAAGAUUAAAUAUUUUUUUCUUUACGCGAUUACAUGGAACCCCAUGAUUAUUAGGUCUUCGGUGGGCCUAGACGGGCCUCUGAACGGGCUUGGCCAUCAAUGAUAUUUUCGGGGGCUCGUGAAUGUCGUCCUGUGCCGUAACAAAACCGAUGAUAAAAAGGCCCGCAUUGACCUGCCCUAUACCCUGUGGUAAUCGAACUCCUAAUGCCCGUCCCUCUUGUACCGAGGUCUAUAAUGUAGUAAGCGUAUAGUAUUAUACAAACACUCAGUUGCGUGUUAAUACGGAGGGGAGGUAAUAUUACACGCGACAAAGGCUGCGAGGCAGGUACUUUUAUGAUAAAGACUAUUACCGUGCGGAAAACUUAUAAUUGAUGGAUUAUAGUUAUAGUUAUAGUUAGGCGAUUAGACAAUUGGAAUUUGCGUACAUAUUCAAUAUUAAACACUUUCCGAAUAUGGCCGGGUACGUAAAUAUACUAUAUUAUAAACCAUGGACGAGGGGUGUCCGCAUUGAAAAUACGCCACUGCUCAUUGUCCUUAAUAUCUAUAAUCUCACAUCGCCGUUGUAUUAUCGUUUUCGUAAUACACGCGAGUAAUAUUCUAUUAUACGAGAAAUUAUAAUGUAUUGAUAAGUAAUACAAUAUAUUUUCGUGAAAACGAGUUUUAUCGAAUAGAUAAACAUGUUACUGUAGAAAUACCUAUGCACAGAAAUACACACGAGUUUAAUGUAUAUUGAUUGAAUAAUUCAUAAUAAACAAAAAAAAAAAGAAAAACUCCCCAAAUGAUUACCAACGCAGAGUUACGUAAAUGAAAUACUUAUACCUAUACCUAUUAUUGUGUAACGGAACACUCGGUUUUAUUUUAAUUUUUUAAUAUUUUAUACGCCCACGUGCCAUAAUAUAGUACACAUAUAGGUACAUACAGAACGUAUAAUAUGACAUAAAUGUCACCGUUAGUGAAUUGUGCCUGGAAGGGGGUGGUUAGGGGAGAGCGUUUUUUACUGUACAUCCCUUCUCGUUGAAAAUGUCCGCGCAUGCCACUGAUUACCGUAAACAAAUAAAUUAUUAUUAUUAAUUCAACGGAGUUUCUCAUUCGUUUCGAAACGCGUAAAACAUACGUUCUACACCUAUAUAUUGCCACCGAGCAGGACCGAAAACAGAAAAAGGGGGGGGGGUUGACGUCAUGCUAUAAAACGUGUAAAUUGAAAUCGCCUAGUCGACUAUUUAACGAUGGUAAUUUUAUUUUAAAGUCGACAAAAUUAAUAAUUUCUUAUAGGUUUUUCGGUAUUUUGUGAUACGCGAGUACACCGUUAUGGUUAUUAUUAUUAUCGUCAAAUUUAUUACCUAUAUCGAAAGACAAAAUUACGAGUAAAAACGUUUUUUGAAGUCGGUGAAUUGUUAAUCGCAUCGUUGCUCCGUAGAAAUUACACCUUAGUAAAUCCAUCAGUAAACAUUCAGUAUCACUAUAGUGAAUAUUUUUUAGAUACUGGUAAAAUUCCUCUAGUUAUUAUCAACUCCCCCUAAUAUUUUACGCCCUGUCAAGUAUCACGGGGGUCAAUGAUGCGCCAGAUCUACCAGAGAGCUAUACUAAUAGUUAUAUGGGAAAGAUUAGGUAUAAAUAUAUAAUAUUUUAUUUUAAAUUUACUCGAAUCAAAUCGAACGUUCUAAAUAGCGACUGAAAUUGGGUAAACUUUGUCUGAUGCAAAAUGUGUUUAUAAAAAAUCGAUAUCUCUUUAUUAUAUAAUAAUAUAUGCAUACAAGCGAUCCCACGGAAAGUAUUGAACGAAAAAAUUAAAACUCGUCUCCCCUCCACCUCAUGACUUCCCGUCCCGAACCGUCCCUAUCACACGGUUAACCGUUGUCGGCCGGCAAUUUUUUUUUUUUUAGAGGAUACUUACUUGCUCGUGACAACCGAAUUAACUAAUAAUAACUGUUUUUUUUUUAUUUUUCAUCCGCGUCGCUAAGGUAACCCAUAAAUCGACAAAAACAAUUCGUAACAAUUAUACUGAAAACCUCGUAUCGAAGGCUUCAUUUAGGAGUUGAAUUUCGGAAAUCCGAGCACGGGGCUUAUUUUUUAUGUAAAUUGUUUUCAGACGUUUGUCUGCCAUAGACUCGAAUGUAUACGUUUCAUACGCAUAUAAUAAGACUUAGCAACCCUGUUUUAUUCGAAAUCGAAAUAUCAUUUAUUUUAUAAACUAAUGAAAUAACUAUAUUUAUUUGAUAUUGAAUCACACUAUACAGUAAUUGUUACUAUUUUCCAUCAAAAUUCGGUGGUGCGAGCGAGUGAGUGUGUGUGUGUGAGGGGGAGAGUAGUGAAGUUUUCCCGAUAUUUUUGUAUAGUACUUGUGAAUUAUGAGAUAAUUUUUGAAAAAUCCACUAUAAUUUCUACCACUCCCUCGUACCCUUGACGACAUUACAAGACCGCCACCGAAUGGAACAUUCCAAAAAUACCAACAAAAACCGUGCAUAAUAUUGCACAGAGAACAAAAUCUAAAAAAUAUAGAAACUUUUUAUUUAUUUAACAAUUACAAAAAAAAACCCCGCGUAGGUUUGUACCUACUCUACGCUUUUUUUCCCCCGUCCGAAAUCCUAAAAGUCUUUGAUGACACGCGAAGCUCUAAAACCGCCUUAUUUUUUAAAUAUAUAUAUGUAUAUUUGUAUGUGUAUAAGGGAGCUACACGCGCGCUUUCCUUACGGUUCGCAAACUUAAUACCUGGAAUCUCGUGCAUAGGGGCUUCCUCGGCGGGUUUUUCGCGCUCUCCUCCCCUACAAUAUAUACACGUACCUCUAUCUAUAUACAGAUAUAUAUAUAUAUAUAUAUAUAUAUUCCUCAGUCGGCAUUAUUUCUCUAUCUGUAUAUAUAUAUAUAUAUAUACAGGAUAUACGAGCGGCGAGAGCGCGUUUUUAGUCGCCGGGUCGAUAUUGUGUUUCACAACAUCGUGGGGGAGAUAUACGCGCGUUCAGGGGUGCCGGUAUAUAUACGGACAAAACAAGACCCCUAGAGGGAAGUCCCUUAUUCACCCCCGCCCGCUUGGUCCCGUGCCGCCGCGAUGCCCGGUCACCCCAUCAUCCGCUCCGGGAACCCCCCAUCGUGGUGGUGCCCGACCCCUGCAGGCGGCCGUAUACAGCCGCUGUUCCGCCCCGAAACACCGCUGCGAACGCACGGGGUCUAAAAAUACGCGGCGGCGGCGGCCUUUGGCGGCUGUAAAUGUAAAAGCGAAAGAAAAAAAAAAAUUCUCCUCGAGCUUUUAUUUUUCCCGCUCCGUUGUUACCAAGGCGACACGCGUACAAAUUUCCGACGGGAUAUUAUUCACGAUAUCGUAAUAUUAUUAUCAUCGUCAUCGUUUCUGCCCGAAGUAUUGUAAAUAUUAUUUAUUAUCGUCACCGAGCGUAUUAUCGUGUUAUCAUUAUUGUAUGCUCGCUAACAUUAAAUACGGUAAGCUAAAAAUCUGAUAACGCCGAUCGAUCGCUAUAUAAUUAUGUUUUGUACGCAAGGACGAACACUAGCUGUCGGUAGGGUUACCAACCGUGUCCUGUUUCGGACAGGACGGUCCUAUAAAUUUGGUGAGGUUCGUGCCACGACCGAAGACACUUUAAAUUUUACAUAUAGGACAACCCUACGUUUCGUUACGCAUAUCUUAUAGGUUUAAGAGGUAUCCCGUAAGGUGAUACCUUUGAACAAGAAAAAUUUGUUCUUUUGUUAGUUUUGCAUACUGUACAAUUUUAAUAAUAAAAGCAUUGUUAUACGAUUUUUUUGUCUUGGGAGGGGGGAUACUUUUAAAGAAGGUCCCGGGGGUUUCCCCUCUUCCUUGGUCCUAUAUUUUACAUUUAAACAGCCGGCAAACCUAACAUUGCGUUUUGUUUAUCAUUUACCCGUGAAUAUAAUUCGUUCAGAAUCGUAAUAUUAUUUUCGAAAUUUUAAAUUUCGCAUUCACGAUAUUUCCAAUUAAAUUGAACGAUAACGCCGCGUCGUUUAAAAUCACACUGAUUCAAAAUCACGUUUUAUUAUUUUACGAGUGCCAAUAAAAAACCGCGAAAUAGUGGCAUUAAAGAAAAACACGUCUCAUAUAAAAUCUGUCUUUAAUAUUAUUGUCAUUUUGGAGUUGUUGUUUUAGAAACGAAAACAUUUUUUUUUUUUUUUUUGCUUCUGGCAGUCGUCGUUAUGGAAUCGGGACAACAUUGGGAAUUAAACCGACGAACUAGGGUUGCAAAAAAAAAAAAAAAAAAAACAAAGCAAACCAAUGUGCUUUUUUUUAUUUUACAUGUAUGUGUGGUUUUUUUUUCUAAAUAUCUUAACAAUAUCAUUAAAAAUAUAAUUUGAUCGUAAUAGAACAAAAUUUAUUAUUUUUUUUUUUUUAAAUCCAAUAGAAACUGAUUAUUUUCGUUUAUUCGUUGUUCGAAUUUGAUUUUCGAACGUUUUAAACAAGUGUUCAUACGAAGACACUUUGCGAACCUGCCGACACGACGAUGUAAUAAUUUCGCGCGUGCCCAAAAACGAUAUUUUUUUUUUUUUUUUAAACGUUAUACGUAGGUGGGUAUAUUUGCGUAACGUCAUUUCUGCGCACCGUGGUUUGUUAUAACACGCUGCUGACGUCGCCGUUCGAAAUAAUUGAAUUUCUACUCUCUCGGUUUUGACGGCGGCGGUCCGCUCGUCGACUUCGGACGUUUAUACCCACGUCCGGUUCGGGGGACUGCGCGGCGCGCGCGCACGCGAAUGGUGUAGUCACAUAACAAUGGGAACAACAACAUCUUCGGUUGUGAUUUAAUACAGUGUUUAAUACCUAUAACCAUUUAUGUCGUUUUAUUAUCACGUACAACACGCCACGGGUCAUUUUCAACGGAUCUCACACCACCUACCGCGAUCGAACCUUAUUUCCCCCCUACCGCCCACCCGCCCUACUGGCAUGUGGAAGCGUAACGCGUUCGAUACUGCUAACAGGUCAGUGAUUAUAGUACGGAUAAUAUUAUUUAUCAUGCCUUGGCGAUUUUCGUUUCUCAAAAUAUUCGCAACGACGCAAUUAUCGUUCUUCGACUAAGGUUUUCUGGACAAAAAAAAAUAUAUAUAUAUAUAUAUAAUAUCGUGGCGAUUUUCCAUCGCGUACAUAGCUUUCGGUUCGCGUCCUUUUCUCCCCUCAAAUUCACCCUCCGUAGCAGCAGUAGUAGCAGCAGCGUACAAGGCUCUCCCUGCAUUAUUUCGCGCGGCGCUGCAAUAUUAUCGACUCCUCCGGAUUCCCCCUAUACCCCCACUGAGUCACCGUGCAAAGGGUCUGUCCCCCUUGUUUUAAUCCCCCUUUCGCGCUGCCACUCCCCCCAUCGUACGCACACAUACACGCAAAUUUAUCUACAUACAUAUAUAUCUGGGGACCGCGCUUUUAACGAUCGCUAUGACGGUUCCCUCGUGGCAGCGCAGUUCUCCCCCACUUUCAUCCCCCUACGCACGCGAAACAAACAAAAAAAAUAUCGUGCUAAAAAAAAGGGUUGCUGAACUGCCGGAUUGAAGAGCCAAGUCCAGUAUAGUAUCACGAGUAGUUAUUUUUUUUCGAAAUUAUUAAUCAAAAGUUGUAGAAUAUUCAAACGAAUAACUUUUUAGAAACGAUAAUAUCUUAUACUUUCCAGAUUACUUAUUUAUCUAACAGUACACUGUUAGAUACAUAAAUAAAAUUGAUUUUACAACGAAUUAUUAGGUACCAACCUAUAUGACAUUUACAUGUCUAUUAAAUAUCGUUUGAAAUAUACUAAGAAUAUACUAGAGAGAUCUCGAUUAAAAACGUGAACAUGAAAUCCGAAUACACGUGUAUAAAAUACACGUGAAUUCGCUAUUCGUGUUUACGUGUUUUAGUUUUAUUCGCUUGAAUACGUCAUGAAAGUAAAUGAAAAAUAAUACAUGGAGAAUAUUGAACACUCGAUUAUAUACGUGUAAACGUUAAUAAUUACACGUGUACACGGUUUUAUAAAUUCCAAUGUUAUUUUCAUGCGAGUGUAUACGUGAAAUAGUUGAGAGCUCUAGAAGCUACAAUUUAUAUAUGUGUAACUACAUUGUACGUCCUGUGAAUAUGACAAUGAAACGAAAAUACCCGUUUCGAAUUGAAUAUAAAAGAUAAGAUUCACAUAAAAAAAAAAAAAAACUUAACUAUUCUACGAUGAUUUUCGACGUACAUACAGUGCCUUGUGUAUAAUGCAAUAUCGUCGUAUUAAACAAUAACAAUUUUUAUAUUUUCCACUGCGGUAUAAAUACCUAACGGUUAGGUUAGGUUCUAAUCUAUUUACCUGCAAAGCCGAAAAAUCCGAAAACCAUUGCAACAAUAAUUCGUCUGUGUUGUCUACGUAUCUAUAUAGUAUUGUUAUUAUUUUUUUUUUUUUUUUUUUUUUUUUUUUUUUACAGUACGGCCUUUUUUAUUCUGUGCAUAGCCGUUGACGAUAUUGACGAAAAAAACCUUACGCUUAUUGUAUAUAAUAUCACAAUAGGUAUCGGACCGUAAUUUAUUGUGCAGAUCGACGGUCGCCUAAUAAUGCCUACCGUUAUCCGUUUCCUUUGAGACGCCGAAAUACCUGAUGAACGAAUAAUAUUGGAAAUCUGCUAUGUGUAACGCGUACCACCCGUAGUAUAAUGUACGCGUAGACGCAGAUAUCUAUUAUAUUAUUAUACCAGUAUUUUAGUAAACGAGAAACUGACUUCGGGGGGGAAACGUCGAUUUUUUUUCCCUUUUUUUUUUUUUUUUUUUCCUAUAGAUUCAGCUGUAUUACCAUGAAUGUUUUUAAACCGACUAUACAGUGUAUACACUACAGUCACCGUGCGUUGGUGCACACAUGCGGGACCCUCGCUAAGGUUUUAUAAUGUUGCCCCAUAGUCAGGACGUGCAUGCAGCAGGUCUAUCCGAAAAGGUCCGUCUCCCCCGACCCGCCCACGACCGUACACACACCCGUCCCUUGCCGCACACCGUAUAUGUGUGUAUAUAUAUAUAUAUAUACGCGUGUCUGUGUGUGCCCGUGUGCGUGUACGCAUUACUAAAACCAAGGCCCCCCGGCACGACGACGGUCGGGUACCUCGCAGGGGUGACCAAAAUUAUGUUUAACGUUUAGUAUCCAGAAAAAAAAAAAACCCCGAGUAAAACAUCGAGUUUUUUAAUCGAACUACUAUAUAAUAAUAUACGUUUCACACGCGCGAGAGACUACGGUUGAUGUUGAUAACGAUAUUAGUAUUGUUACGGAAUUUCACGUUUAUCAAUUCGUGUGGGUACCUGUAAAACAUUAUACGUUGUAUAUUUUACAUAUAUAUACGUCGUUCGUUAACGUUUUGCUCAAUAAUAGUACAGAGUAAAAUAAUCCGUACGCAAAACAGUCUAUACUGUGGUUUGCACGAAUACAAUCUAAAUCGCAUCGAUAAUCAGCAGACCGUCAAUUAAAAUAUUAUUUUAUAGGUAUUAUAGGUACGAGUAGGCGAUAUUAGAGUACGGAUGAUGUAGUAAUUUCUUUUCUUUUUUUUUCUAUUGAUCCAACACGAAUAAACUACGUCAGUUAUAUAUUUGUGUUUCAUUUCAUAGGAUUAGUACUUGAAAUUUUUAUUUCGAUUUUUUCGCUUUUUAAUUACAUUUUCGGAGUAUUAAUUAAUAAUUAUUAGUACUUUUUAAGGGUUUUGGUGCAUUUAUUUUAGGUGUUGUUUUUUUAAAUUUUUCAUGAGCUACAUCAUACGAACCCUGUGUAGUGAUAUUGUUAAGAAGAAUGAAUAUCGGAUAGCCGAUUAUAAUUCGAUUAUAACGAAAUCAAAUGUACCACCUGCAUAAAUAUCUACACGCACAAAAUUAAAAACAUUGAAUAAAUAUUUGUAAAAUUUUAGUUUGGGAAAUCACGUUCGUGACUACAUUUUUCUCGAAUUAAAAACGAAACACUAAUAUAAAUAUAUUUACGUAUUUUCCCUAUGUUGUUAUAGAUGACGAACGAUAUGGAGGUCAGCAAUAAAUCAUUUCAUCUCCGGUGGAAUAAUCAUUUGGAAAAUUUACGAGCGCUGUUUGAAUGUCUGUUUAACGAACAAAUUCUAGUCGACGUGACAAUCGCUUGUCAAGAUGGCUUAUUGAGAGUGAGACUUUGUUAUAAUAACUUUAAAUACGAUAAUUAUUAUGAUAUGCUUGCAUAUACUGACUUUUUGUAUUUUAUUUUUAGGCACACAAGUUAAUCUUAUCGGCGUGUAGUCCGUAUUUUGAAACGAUAUUUCAAGAAAACCCGUGUAAACAUCCUACGGUGAUAAUGAGAGGUGUUACCGUACAGGAAAUGCAGAGUCUGUGCCAGUAUAUGUACGUGGGUUCGGUCGAAAUACAAGAAAGCAGUUUAAGUUCUCUUUUAAAAGUAGCCAGAGAACUGCAAAUUAAAGGUAAAUUUGCAUUGCAAGCAUUUUUAUUUUUCAAAUUUAAUUUUCUAUAAUACAAUUUGUUUAGGUUUAUCCGAAAAAACCGUCUCCAGUGAUCAAACAAAACCCAAACCGACGUUCAAUUAUGUACCGAUUAAGUCAUCCGAACCUUCCGAUAUCGACGCUAAUAAUAAAUUUGAAAUGGUAAAUGGUAUAUGGUAAUAAUGAUGACCGGUUUCGUAAUAAAAUUAUGUAUAUUUUUUUAGACAAACGGCAGCACGAGUUCAAUAGAAGCGGAUUCAAAGGCCUUCCAAGUUCCCUGUGAAGACGAUUCAUCGGACAAUAAUACGUCCUUCGACCACUCGAAUAUGUUAAGCCCGCAAGUGAUGAUGGACGAGCACACGGACGAAAAUAAACCGACCAUACUAUCGCAGCCUAAAUACCAACCGACCCAAGUAGAUUUCCAGGCGUUUAUUGAGGCUCAGAACAAAGUCAACCUAACCGGGUCGGUCGAGUGCCCGACGUGCCAACGGACGUUCCUUAACAAACAGAAUCUCAGACGUCACAUGCAAACACAUUCUGGACUGAAACCGCACCAAUGUUCAUUCUGCAAUUUGUCAUUUUUAAGGUUAUCGCAUUUACAACGUCACCAUAGGACACAUACUGGCGAACGGCCGUUUACGUGCACCGAGUGCCCGAAGAGUUUCUCGAGAUCAGACAAAUUAAGAUAUCACAUAAUGCAGCAGCAUGCCAGUAUGACUCAUCUUCCCGGACCCAAGCAGAGAGGUAGACCGAAAAAGGUCAGCAUACUAAAAACUGUGUACUGACACUAUACUAACCGCAAAUGCUAACAGUGUCUUGUACAAACAUUUUUUAACCGUAUGCUUUCACUGACAUUUUUAUUAAUGGCAUUCAUUUUUUGUGUAUUUCAGUUUGAUUCACCGACUAGCAAUGUGGAUGUCACCAUGGUGGCGAACAUACAAAAUUUCGAAGAACAAUGUGUUCCAGCACCUGUACAGGAACUCCAAGAGCCAUUAAACUUGGCUCAUUAGAUCUCGUCACCAUUUCAAAAUAUUUUUUCACAUAUUUUUUGAUAAAAUAUAGUGUUCAUAAAUUUUAGUCUAUUAUUAGUCAGUUUUGAAUUUUUGAUUCUUGUGUAAAUAUCCAAUAUGUAUACGUUAGUGUGUGGAUUGCAUAUAAAACACUUUUACUGUGAUAAAGUGAAUUCAUACAUAUUAUUAUUAUUGUGAACAAAAAUUUAUUUGAACUUAGUUUGUCCAAAUGUAUAUAAUAUAUAUUAUUAUUGUAUUGUACGUACAUCUAUUUUAGUAUAUUAUUAUGUAGCUUGUGUCAGGAGUUAUGAUGUACUUGUAUGGAUGAUGAUAUUAUUAGUAAUACCUAUGUUUGUAUUUUUUUUUUAUUUUUGUGUUUAGAAUCAAUCAAUUAUUAUAUUAUACACUUUUAAUUAUACUUUGACCAUAGAUAACUAAUUAGAACAACAUAAUGUUUAUGUACUUGGGGUUUUUUGUCUCCAAAUUUUAGUUUAGCUUUAUUAUCAGUUAUGUUUUACAACUGAUAUCAGAAAAAAAUAUGUUUUCUAUUAAAAAUAAGCAUAUAAUAAGACUGAUAAAAAAAACAAAUGAUUGUAUAAUAAUAAUAACCAAUAUUGUAUGCAAUAGAAAUGUAAACUUACCAGAAUCGAUGAUGAGUAUAUUUUUUUUUCCUUGAAGAAGAUUAAUGAUUGGUUAUAACCAUUGUAUUGUAUUAUAAUACAUAUGUCACAAUAUAUAUUAUUUACGUAUUAUAAAUAUAUUUAAAAAUUUAAUUGAUUGUAUUCUAUGUGUGUUUUUAUAUGUACGUACAUUUAUUUUUUAAGUUUUUUUCUAUUUGUAAAGUAAAUAUUUUAUUAAUACGUAAUUAAAAUCAAUAUUUUCUUUUAUAUAACAGGGUUUAUUAUAAUUUUUAAGCACUGGUUGAAGGUGCUAGACAACUAUUCGAUCCCAAGCUUUUGAAAAAACUACCCGUUUUGUGUGUCGGACUUGGUUGGUUUGAAACGACAGGAUUGCAAUUCAGGCAACCGUUCUUCCUCAGAUGUCUGUUAUUCACAUGUGACAAUGAAUUUUUCAACUGACCAAUUUGUGUAGCCAACUUGAAUAUUUCUUCUUUGAGUUCCUCAUUUUCCGUCUGUAAAUCAUUGGUUUCUUCGCAAAUCUCGUUCAUCUCAUAGGACAUUAAACCUUUGCCUUGUAACUUGUUGUUUUCCCAGUGAUCGCCUUGACCGUUCAGUACUCUCACUACUUUUGAACCGAAGACCAGACCAAUAGUUACUGAUGUACUCAACUGAGUCCGGAUGAAUCCCAAUGUAUAUUUGAAAUUCGGACCGAUGUCGGGAAACAAGAAAAAGCUAAAAUGAAAAAAAGAAAAAUUUAACUCUAUUUAUUUGUAUUAUGACUGGACACAUAUAAAACUAACCAAACGACGAUGAAAUACGGGUGAUCGAAAAAAAUAAAAAUGCAUAGUAUUACGACCGAAUCUUACUGUAUCGUCAUCAUAGUAAUAUUGACUAUAAAUAUGUUGUAGAUGGCAAAGUUGAUGAUUUGUGCUUCAUUGUAAAACGACUCGGCGUUUCUCACUAUGUAACACACCCGGACGCCCCACGCCAGAAACAGAAUUUCACC